UUGCUCCACUCACAUCGGACUCGUUGACUUCCGGGAGGGGUUUAAGAAAAAAGAAUACUGUAUUUCAUUUGCAGCAGCUGCUUCUGGGAAAAAAAACAUUUCAUCCUCUUUUCCUCCACUAUAUUUAACGGGAACGAGAGUAUAUACAGCACGGAGGAAAGGAGCAGCUUUUUUUCUCGUCUCCUCUUCCUGCAUGUGUUUGGUUCCGUCCGUCCGUUAGCCCACCCUCGAAGGUCCUCCAGAUUUUUAAAGUCAGCACUCCUGUCUCUUCAGACCAGCAAAGCAGUAAAUAAUGGUGAAAGAAAAAGAAGUUGAAUUGAUUGGCCAGAUUCUGGUGAACCCCAAACAAUCCUUGAAGGCACGCUUCCGAGCACUUUUCACCUUACGUAAUUUGGGGGGUCCAGCUGCUAUUGAGUGGAUCAGUCGAGCCUUUGAAGAUGACUCUGCUCUCCUGAAGCAUGAGCUGGCAUACUGUCUUGGUCAGAUGCAGGAUGAGAGGGCCAUUCCAGUUCUCAUUGAUGUGCUCCAGAACACAUGCCAGGAACCCAUGGUGCGACAUGAAGCAGGUGAAGCUUUGGGUGCCAUUGGAAAUCCAAAAGUACUUGAUAUAUUGAAACAAUAUUCUGAAGAUCCUGUUGUUGAGGUAGCGGAGACAUGUCAGCUGGCUGUGAAGAGGCUGGAAUGGUUUCAGGAGCACAAGGCAAACUCUACUGUCAACCCUUACUGCUCUGUGGAUCCAGCACCUCCCGCUGAGGAGAAGGAUGUGGGGAAGCUGAGGCUCGCCCUGCUGGAUGAGUCACGGCCACUCUUUGAGCGCUAUCAAGCUAUGUUUGCGUUACGGAACACUGGAGGAGAAACUGCUGUUCUGGCACUUGCUGAUGGCCUCCAGGCUGGCAGCGCCCUCUUCCGCCAUGAGAUUGCCUUUGUACUGGGCCAGAUGCAGCAGGAGGCCAGCAUUCCACAGCUGAUGGCGUCUUUGGAGAACGUGGCAGAGAAUCCCAUGGUGCGCCAUGAGUGCGCUGAGGCUUUGGGCUCCAUUGCUAAGGAGUCCUGCCUGACCACCCUGGAGGCGUUUGCCAAGGAUGAAGAGCGGGUAGUCCGGGAGAGCUGCGAGGUGGCGCUGGACAUGUACGAUUAUGAGAACAGCACUGACUUCCAGUAUGCUGACAGUCUGAGCAAGCUGAAGGCCUUCAGCUGAAGAAGCAGGACUUCUCUCAGCUGGCCUCCCGUGCUUUUAUUGGCCAUUUGAGUGUCAUUUGUUGUCUGUGGUUUCCAUAAGAGUGCUGGAAGGAGACCAUGUGGACAAAACCCUCCCGCCUCCGUCAUUAAUUAAUUUAUUUUUCUUUUGCUGUACUUGGUGGAGGGGAUACCACAGCUGUUAUCAAGGACUUUGAAUUAUGUUGGUGAAAACUAGUUGCCAUUUUUAUUAGCUACCCUUAGAAGAACUCUUCCUCACCCUAUGAGCUGGCCCCACAUAACUUGUAAAGCACCAAGACAAAUGAAGCUCACUUCUGUCUCAGGUGAAUCAUAGAAUCAUAAGAGUUGGAAGCAACCUUGGAGGUCU